CAGGGAGCCGCGUUCGACCCCGAGGCCGCGCCGGUGGAGCCCGGGCCCGUGGCCCAGUCCUUCCAGGGCUGCGGCGGCGAGACCAGCGGCUGGCCACCCCCAGUGCCAGAGCCGGCCGUCGCGGGCGGGCAGGAGCCGAGUAGCGGAGGGAGCGGCGAGCACGAUCCCCCAGGCAUCGGAGGAGGAGGAGCAGCAGCAGCAGAUAUCCUGCCGCCAGCGGCCCUGCCCGAGCCGUCGCAGCCGCCACCGGCCCCGCCCAAGGCGACGCCGCUCGCCGCGGAAGCGUCGGCGCCGCCUUCGUCGUCGAGCUCGUCGAAGCCGAAGGCCGCGGCAGGCUUCAAGGAGCAGUUGUGCAAGUUCUGGGAGGAAGGUGGAUGCACUUUCGGUGCGGCGUGUUUCUUCGCCCAUGGACCUGACGAGCUGGUUGGCGGAGACAGCGGGGAGGGGAAAGGUCCAGGCAACGCGGACAAGCAGAGAGAUCAGGGCAGCAAAGACGGCAGCGCAGACAACACGGAGUUGGGCAGCGUGACCGUUGGCGCGGAUCUGGUGGGCAGCAUGAAUGGCGGCACGGGCCAGAAGACUGAAAUGAGCGUCAUGGACCAGAUAGCACAGAUGAUGGGCGGUAUGGAACAGAUAGCCCAGAUAGGCUGCAUGGAUACGAUGACCCAGAUGGCGCAGAUGGUGGAGAUGGGGGCCUGGAGCAUGGAGCAGCUGAUGGAGGCAAUGGCACCCAUGGUCAGCAUGGUGAGUGGCAUGCACGCUGAACCAGAUCAGGCGAGCUAUCCCCCUGCAGAUCUCCAGUGCGGAAAGGGCGCCGCGUGGGGCAAGGCAUGCAAGGGUGACAAAGGUGGUAAAGGCGACAAGGGCUGGAAAGGCGACAAGGGCUGGAAAGGCGACAAGGGCUGGAAAGGCGACAAGGGCUGGAAAGGCGACAAAGGCGGGAAAGGCGACAAGGGCUGGAAAGGCGACAAGAGCUGGAAAGGCGACAAGGGCGGGAAGGGCGACAAGGGCGGGAAAGGUGACAAGGACUGGAAAGGUGACAAGGGCGGCAAGGGGAAGAAGGGCGGCAAAGGCAAGCCCGCCGCGUCUGCAGAGGCGGAGUCGGACUUCGCCGCCAAGCUCGCCGCCCACGCCCAGGAGCCAGAACACGGGCGGCGGCGGCAGCUGGACCUGAUCCGAAUUGCCGCCCAUGCGGCGGGUGCUCUGUUCCUCGACCGACCGCUCGGGCUUAAGACUAGGGGUUAGGGAGCACGCUUGUGGCGUGAGUAUUCUUAGCACGGCGCCUGUUAUGAACGCUUCCGCGUCCGUGUGGACGAGUCGUCUGACCCUCCGUGUGCGGCUCUCACCAGAGCGCUGACACUCUCGCAUCCCCUUUGGGGGGGGGCCUGAUGCCUCACCUGGUGGUCCUUCUCCUCUUUCUU